GGGCCGGAGCGGCGGGAGCGGGGCCGGGGCCGAUCCCAGGCCCGAUCCCGGUACCCAUCCCAGUCCCCAUCCCAGCCCGGUCCCAGUCCCAUCCCACUCCCGAGCCCAGUACCCACCCCAGCACCCACCCUGAGCCGCGCACGGCCCUUCCCGCACGGACACCGCAGGUGAGCGGGGCGGGGGCGGCGUGAGGCGGACCCCACUGACCCCAGCGUCGGGGCGGGACCGGGGCUCUCCGGACUCCCUUUUAUAUCCCGUGUGCGGCACUUAACGGAGUCCCCGGCUGCGUCUGCACCGGUGCUGAUGCAGCGCUGGGAUGCAGGUGCCUCUCUGGGAGGGGCACAAGCCUUGAGUGUUCCAGGUGAUGCGUAAAGCAAACAGAACGCGGAAAAAAAGGGCACUGUCUUGAGAAGAGCACCUUUGGGCAGGAGAUCUCUGGUUGUCCAGCAGGCAGGACCAUGGAUUUCCCGGGGCACUUUGAACAAGUCUUCCAGCAGCUCAACUACCAGCGGCUGCACGGGCAGCUGUGCGACUGUGUCAUCGUGGUGGGCAACCGGCACUUCAAGGCGCACCGCUCGGUGCUGGCCGCCUGCAGCACGCACUUCCGCGCGCUCUUCACCGUGGCCGAGGGCGACCAGAGCAUGAACAUGAUCCAGCUGGACAGCGAGGUGGUGACGGCCGAGGCCUUCGCCGCGCUCAUCGACAUGAUGUACACCUCCACGCUGAUGCUGGGCGAGAGCAACGUGAUGGACGUGCUGCUGGCGGCGUCCCACCUGCACCUCAACUCGGUGGUGAAGGCCUGCAAGCACUACCUGACGACGCGCACGCUGCCGCUGUCGCCGCCCAGCGAGCGCGCGCAGGAGCAGAGCGCGCGGCUGCAGCGCUCCUUCAUGCUGCAGCAGCUGGGGCUCAGCAUCGUCAGCUCGGCGCUGGGCGCGGCGCCGGGCGCGGAGGAGGCGGCGGGCGCGGCGGGGCUGGCGCUGCGCGGCGGGCUGGAGCCGCGCGCCGCCUUCCCCGUGCGCCGCCUGCACAAGCGCAAGCAGUCCGGCGAGGAGCGCGCCCGCCAGCGCGUGCGCCCCGCGCUGGACGAGCCCGGCCCCGACGGCGCCGCCGAGAGCGGGCAGCCCGUCGUGCACUCGCGGGAGGACUUCUUCUCCCCGGACUCGCUCAAGAUCGUGGACAACACCAAGGCCGACGCGGCGGCGGAUAACCAGGAGGACAACACCAUCAUGUUCGACCAGUCUUUUGGCGCUCAGGAGGAUGCUCAAGUGCCCAGCCAGUCUGACAACGGCGGGGGGAACAUUUCCCAGAUGUCCCUGGCGUCCCAGGCCACUCAGGUGGAAACCAGCUUUGACCAGGAGGCUGCUGCUGAGAAGAGCAACUUCCCGUGCGAAAACCCGGAGGUCAGCCUGAACGAGAAGGAGCACAUGAGGGUGGUGGUGAAGUCGGAGCCGCUGAGCUCCCCCGAGCCUCAGGACGAGGUGAGCGAUGUCACCUCCCAGGCGGAGGGCAGCGAGUCUGUGGAGGUGGAGGGAGGAGUGGUGAGCGCAGAGAAGAUAGAGCUGAGUCCCGAGAGCAGCGACCGCAGCUUCUCGGACCCUCAGUCCAGCACCGACAGGGUGGGAGAUAUCCACAUCAUGGAGGUGUCCAACAACCUGGAGCACAAGUCUUCUUUCAGCAUUUCAAAUUUUUUGAAUAAAAGCAGAGGAGGUGGCUUUGGCGCCAGCCAAAACAACGACGACAACAUUCCCAACACCACCAGUGACUGCAGGAUGGACAGCGACGCCCCUUACCUGAUGAGCCCGGAGUCAGGGCCCAACAGUGGCCACUCCUCUGCCGCCGUGUCCCACGUGGAGAACCCGUUCAGCGAGCCCACGGACUCGCACUUCGUGAGGCCCGUGCAGGAUGUGAUGGGCCUGCCGUGCGUGCAGAGCUCCGGGUACCGAGCAGCGGAGCAGUUCGGGAUGGACUUCCCGCGCUCGGGGCUGGGCUUGCACUCGCUGUCCCGGGCCAUGAUGGGCUCGGUGCGCGGCGGGGCCGGCGGCUUCCCUGGCUACCGCCGCAUCGCCCCCAAGAUGCCGGUGGUGACCUCGGUGCGGGGCUCGCAGCUGCAGGAGAGCUCCUCGGGCUCGCAGCUGAUGCUGAACGGCAGCUCCUCCUUCGAGGGCGGGCACCUGUCGCAGCCAGGCCCGCCGCAGCUGACCCGCGCCUCGGCCGACGUGCUGUCCAAGUGCAAGAAGGCUCUGUCGGAGCACAACGUGCUGGUGGUGGAGGGCGCCCGUAAGUACGCCUGCAAGAUCUGCUGCAAGACCUUCCUGACGCUGACGGACUGCAAGAAGCACAUCCGCGUGCACACGGGGGAGAAGCCCUACGCCUGCCUCAAGUGCGGCAAGCGCUUCAGCCAGUCCAGCCACCUCUACAAACACUCUAAGACCACCUGCCUCAGGUGGCAGAGCAGCAACCUGCCCAGCAGCCUGCUGUGAGGCGGCCGGGCGGGAGGAGCCUCGCCUGGGGCGGGGGCGGGCGCACAGGGCGUGCCGCGGUGCCGCACACGCAGCCUGGCUGCGCCAUUGGGGAUAUCCGGUACCUACCUCGCGGGUGCCGCCGCCGGGACCGCGCGGCGGGGAUGGGGAUGUGGCCCCCGGGGCCAGGCAGCCCCUUUGCAGGGCAGAGGGCUGACAGCUCGGGGGUCUCCUGAAACAGCACGCUUUCAGCACGUGCAACUUCCUUUCCUUUUUUUUUUUUGUUUUUGUUUUUUUUCUCUAAAGCAUUUUGUAACAGUGAAAGCAUUUAAAUGAUUACUGUAACAUGAAUUGCCGCAUUAUGUGAGGACAGUGGUGCGGGCUCCUAACCCUUAAACGAGAAAAACAGCUUAGGCUGCACCUGCCUGACAUAGUGCUUUAAAAUACGCUACUUAUGACAAUAGUUCUAGGAUUAUGAAUGUAUGUUUGGCUGUUUUGUAGUAAAGGACACUGUGUAAUCAAGGUGCUUAAAUUAAAUCCCAGACAAAUAACUUUUGGACUGCCAGGUGUACAUAUAACUUUAAUACAGCAAGAUCUGGAUGUUUGGCUGGUUUCUUUUUUCUUUUUCAGUAGAAACGAGUAUUAAGUGGUAAGUGAAGUACUGUCUCUUGUUUGUGCUAUUCCUAGCAGUAUUUUAACCAGUUUGUAUCUCCUAUGUUGCAAUUCUGUAUAGGCAGAAGUUUGAACAGAGCUUGUUCUUUGUCAGUUGUUUUGAAGGAGAGGGGAUUUGUGAUGGCUUUUUAUGCCACGUAAGACAGUAUCUCGCUGUUCCAGAUGCCCACAGUCCAUCUGGUCCCCAUUAUGGCGUGAGCACAUUGUCUUUUCCUCUUAUCUCCAGGCUUUAGUUUCCUGCCCUGCACACUUAGUGACUUCCCUUCGCAGCUGUGGAUCUGUCCUUGGAGCAGAUUCCUCCUAGGUCAGGAGCAGUGCUCGUUUGGCAUAUUGCACAGAAUCACAGAGUCUGCUGAGCUGGAAGGGACCCCUCAGGAUCACUGUGUCCAGCUCCUGGCCUUGCAGAGGAGCCCCAGCAAUCCCAUCUUGUUCCUGAGAGAGAUGUGCUAAGACUUCUUUACCUCAGGCAGCCUUGGGGUUGUGACCCUGUCCCUGGGGAGCCUGUUCAGUGCCAGACCACCCUCUGGGUGAAAAACCUGUCCUGACAGCCAGCCUGAACCUCCUCUGAAUCAGCUUCAGCCUAUCCCUCAAGUCCUGUCACUGAGAGUGAAGAGAUCUGUAGCUGCUCUUCUGCUGCUGCUCAGGAGGAUGUUGAGGAGCCCAGGGAGGUCUGACCUCAGUCUCCUCCAGGCUGAGCAAAUCAAUUCCCCCUUGAAACUUCAUCCAGACCCCUCACCAGCCUCAGGCCUCCUUUGGACAUUCUCCAACAGCUUGAUGUCUUUUAUCUGAAGGUGCUCAGAAUUGCCCUCAGCAUUUGAGGUGAGGCUGCCCCAGAGCAGAGCAGGACAAUCCCCUCCCUGACCCAGCUGUGGCACCCCCAGGGCAUGCCUGGUCCUGCUGGGCACUGCUGGCUCAUACUCUGUGAAAUGUCCUUGUCAAAUCCACUUAAGCUAGUGUCAUAAAAGUACAUACAUUUAUAAAAGGAUAAUGUAAAUUUAAUUCUGAAAAAUGGCACUGUGCACAUGCAGCAGAAAUUUGUUGUUCUCUGUGUGAAUCAUGUAAAUCUCUUUUUAAUUUCCUCUUCUUUGGUGCCACCUUAACUCCACGCUGCCUGCAGUCUCCUUUCUUCCUUGUCAAAGGUGCACACGAACUGGUGCUCAGCAUUCUUAGGUUUUAAAAUAAACUUUCAGAGCGCUUGUGGUGAUGAUAAAUCCUGCUCAGCUGAGGGCAUGCAGCUCAGCUCAAGGCUGCAGCGUGUCCCUCUGCUCAGGUGAGACAGAGGAUUCCCAGCACCUGCACUAUCAGCGUGUCCUUUGCACCUUGACCAUCUGAGGAAUGCAGAAACACAGGAGAUGGUUGGACUAAUUCCUUUAAAAUGUUAGUAUUUUGUUAUAGGGUUUACUUAAUUUUCAUAUCUCUGGCUUUUGAUUAUUUUUUUUUAAAGCAUUAAAAUAGCACGGUUUUUUGAAGCAGUGGGAUGUGCUGUGUUUUGUUUUAAAUAAUUUCAGUAUUGGGGACUAACAGCAUUGAGCUGCAUAAACACUCAAAUAUCAAUAAAAUGCAGUAUUUUGUACUUUAGUAUUUUCUUGUGUUGCUUAAUUAAGUAACACUGUUUUAUCUUCAUUGCAUUUCUAGUGUUUUGCUUUUUAAAAACAACUAGGUUUUUUUCAUUUUCUGUUUCCUGUGGCACAUCCAAAUUUGUUGAAUUGUUACAAUGUUUGGGAAUAAAGCAUCUCUUUGCGCAAGGAGACUAAUUAGGAACUAAUGUGAGCUGAUAAACACUUAACUGGACUUUUGAACUGUUUUUAUAAACAUUUUAAUGUGGAGUAUUAGUGCAGGAGGACUUCUGUAUUCUUUCUUUGAGAAAAAGUGUGGAGCAUUUUUGGAAGCAGCAGGUUUAAGUUCCUUUGCUGGUUUAAGUGCAGAGGGGCUGCUCCAGGCCUGGAGCCUGCGGCUGCCUCGUGGCUCUGAGUCUUCCUGAACGAAGCAAUAAAUUCCUGGGGAUAGCAUGAACCAGUACCUGGGUGAUGAUCAGAAAUCAGUAACUGCAGUGGAGGGUGCCUCGCCCCACGGCCUGGAGAGCUCACGCCACUGAGUUGCGCUCGGAAUGGAACUUUGCAAGCGUGGAGGUGUCGGGGUGUCUGUUCCAAACACCUGGAAAUAAACCCUACGUUUUUGUGC